AUGGCCUCUGAUCAACCCGUCCUCAGGACAAAGACGCCCUCCUACCAUGCUCCCCCCUCGACCGACCCGCUCUCGGGUGCCACCAUCCACACCCUCCGCUGCCUCGACACCCCCAUCCACCUCGGCUUCCACCUGAUCCCCCACAUCGCACGCACCAUCCUCUCCAGCAUCGCAUCCUCCACCUACAUCCUCAUCACCGACCGAAACCUCGAGGCAAGGUGCCAGGUCACCUCGACCUUUGCCAGGGAAAUCGAAAAGGCAGCCGCCGAGCUCGGCGUCACCGGCUGGCGCUACCUCGCAAAAGUCAUCCCCCCCGGCGAGGCCUCAAAGAGCCGCGAGGGAAAGAAUGACAUCGAGGACUGGAUGCUCGAAAACAGGGUCACCCGCGACGCAGUCGUCCUCGCCGUCGGCGGCGGCGUCAUUGGCGACCUCGUCGGCUUCGUCGCCGCCACCUUCAUGCGCGGCCUCAAGUUCGUUCAGAUCCCCACCACCUUGCUCGCCAUGGUCGACUCGGCCGUCGGCGGAAAGACGGCCAUCGAUCACCCGCUCGGCAAGAACCUCAUCGGCAGCUUCCACCAGCCCUCGUUCGUCUUUAUCGACGCCGCCUGGCUCAAGACGCUCCCUCCGCGCGAGUUCAGCAACGGCAUGGCCGAGGUCAUCAAGACGGCCGCCAUCUGGGACCCCAUCGACUUUGCCAAGCUCGAGUCGAGCGCGCCCGCCAUCCGCUCCGCCGUCCUCGGCCCCUUUGCCCGCGACGCGCCCAUUGACGAGGGACGCACCCUCGACACCCGCACAGAGGCCCAGUCGCUCCUCCUCGACGUCAUCCGCGGAUCGGUCGGCGUAAAGGCCCACAUCGUCACCAUCGACGAAAAGGAGACGGGCCUCCGGAACCUCGUCAACUUUGGCCACACCAUCGGCCACGCCAUCGAGGCCGUCCUCACCCCAGAGAUGCUCCACGGAGAGUGCGUGUCGAUCGGCAUGAUCCUCGAGGCCGAGGUCGCCCGGUACACCGACGGCCUCUCGCAGGUCGCCGUCGGCCGCCUCUCGCGCUGCCUCAAGGAGUACGACCUGCCCGUCUCGCUCGCCGACGCCCGCGUCCCCAAGCUGGCCAAGUCGGCCGACGUCACCGUCGACCGCCUCCUCGACAUCAUGAAGGUCGACAAGAAAAACGCGGGCGACAAGAAGAAGAUCGUCCUGCUCAGCGCCAUCGGCGACACGGUCGAGGACAAGGCCUCGACUGUCGACGACGGCACCAUCCGCCGCGUCCUCUCGCUCGGCGCCACCGUGACGCCCGUCCUGGAGCGUCCCAACGCCGCCAAGGUCACCCUCUCGACGCCCGGGUCCAAGUCGAUCUCGAACCGCGCGCUGGUGCUGGCCGCCCUCUCGGGCAACACGUGCCGCCUGCGCAACAUGCUCCACUCGGACGACACCCAGGUCAUGAUGGCCGGCCUCCACGACCUCAAGGCGGCCCGCUUCGAGUUCGAGGACGGCGGCGAGACGAUCGUCGUCCACGGCAACGGCGGCUCGCUCCAGCGGCCCGACAACAACAAGCAGAUCUACCUGCAGAACGCCGGCACCGCCGCCCGCUUCAUGGCCACCGUCGUCUCGCUCGUGCCCAACGACGGGCAGCAGGACCCCGUCGUCAUCACGGGCAACAAGAGGAUGAAGGAGCGGCCCAUCGGCGCGCUCGUCGACGCCCUCACCGCCAACGGCACCCAGAUCGAGUGCCUCGAGGGCAAGGGCUGCCUGCCGCUCGCCGUCAAGGGCACCCAGCAGGGCUUCCGCGGCGGCCGCAUCCAGCUCUCGGCCACCAUCUCGUCGCAGUACGUCUCGUCGAUCCUGCUGUGCGCGCCCUACGCCGCCGAGGAGGUGGUCCUCGAGCUCGUCGGCGGCCAGGUCAUCUCGCAGCUCUACAUCGACAUGACCAUCGCCAUGAUGGCCUCUUUCGGCAUCAAGGUCGAGCGGCUGCUCGACCCCGCCUCGGGCCGUCCCACCAACACCUACCGCAUCCCGCGCGGAAGGUACGUGUCGCCCGACGUCUACGACAUCGAGAGCGACGCCAGCAGCGCCACCUACCCGCUCGCCAUCGCCGCCAUCACGGGCACCGAGUGCACCGUGCCCAACAUCGGCUCGGCCUCGCUCCAGGGCGACGCACGCUUCGCCAAAGAGGUGCUGGAGCCGAUGGGCUGCAAGGUCAUCCAGACCGAGACGUCGACCACCGUCAUCGGCCCCAAGAUUGGCGAGCUGCGCCAGAUCGGCCUCGUCGACAUGGAGCCCAUGACCGACGCCUUCCUCACCGCCUCCGUUCUUCUCGCCGUCGCCAACCAGGCUCCUUCGGGCGGCUCGACGUCGACCGCGCGCCCCUCGACCCGGAUCACGGGCAUCGCCAACCAGCGCGUUAAGGAGUGCAACCGCAUUCGCGCCAUGAUGGACGAGCUGGCCAAGUUUGGCGUCGAGACAAAGGAGCACGACGACGGCCUCGAGGUGUUUGGCAUCGACUAUCGCCAGCUCCGGUCGGGCGUCCGCGUCCACUGCUACGACGACCACCGCGUCGCCAUGGCCUUUUCGGUGCUGUCGAGCCUCGCGCGCGACGCCAUCCUCGAGGAGAAGCGCUGCGUCGAAAAGACCUGGCCCAACUGGUGGGAUGACCUCGAGCGCAAGCUCGGCAUCCAGGCCCGCGGCGCCGACCCAGAGUGCUCGCCCUGCCUCUGCAUCUCGCCGUCGCACUUCAACGCCAAGUCGUCGUCGUCGCACGCUGGUGCCGGCAAGGACGUCCGCAUUGGCACCAGCGUCUCGCGGACGCCCAAGAAGUACCCGGCCGACGCCACCAUCUUUUGCAUCGGCAUGCGAGCCUCGGGCAAGACCUACCUCGGCGGCAUCGGUGCCGCGGCGCUGGAUAGGCCCUUUAUCGACGCUGACGUCGUCUUCGCCGAAAAGGUCGGCCCGCUCGGCGCCUUUGUCGCCGAGCACGGCUGGCCCGCCUUUCGACAAAAGGAGCUCGAGAUCUUGCAAGAGCUGAUCCGCGACCAUCCAACUGGCCAUCUCGUAUCGCUAGGAGGCGGCGUCGUCGAGACCGAAGCGUGCCGGGCGCUGCUGACCGAGUACUCGCAGACGCGGGGCCCCGUCGUCUUCGUCGUGCGCGACGUCGACGAGAUCAUCGCCUUCCUCGAGAGCUGCGACCGGCCUGCCUACGGCGAGCCCCCGCGCGACGUCUACGCCAGACGGCUGCCGUGGCUGCAUGCGUGCUCGAGCGUCGAACUGACGUCGUGCCUCGACGUCCGACAGGACCUCGAGGAGGCCGCUGCCAAGGCCGCUCGCAAGAGCUACGUUCCCGACCGCUCGGCCAGCAUCGCCAGCCGGCACGGCCUCGAGGCCGAAGUGGCCCGCUUCUUCCGCUUCAUCUCGGGUGCCGAGACCCGCCAGAUCAGCGACCUGGUCGUCGACAGCCGGAAGCCCGGGCAUCGCACCUACUUCCUCAGCCUCACCUUCCCCGAUCUCCGGCCCAACCUGCAGCUCAUUGAGCAGAUCUCCGCAGGCGCCGAUGCCGUCGAGUUCCGCGUCGACCUGCUCGACCCCAGCGGACAGCAGGUGACCAAGGCGCAGGUGCCGCCGCUCGACUAUGUGCGCGAGCAGCUGGCGCUCUUGCGGCAGACGUGCUCGCUGCCCAUCGUCUUUACGGUCCGCACCGAGGCGCAGGGCGGCAAGUUCCCCGAUGACCGCGCCGACGACUACUUUGAGCUGGUCAAGCUCGGACUGCGGCACGGCUGCGAGUACGUCGACGUUGAGGUGGGCUUCAGCGACGAGCAGCUGGCCGCCGUCGCUGCCGCCAAGGGCCACAGCCAGAUCAUUGCCUCGUGGCACGACUGGAGUGGCAACCUGCGGUGGGAGAGCGGGGAGACGCACGACAAGUACGAGCGCGCGCGCAAGUACGGCGACGUUGCCAAGAUCAUCGGCAAGGCCACCUCGCUCGAGGACAACCUCGCGCUCGAGCGCUUCCGCGCCAAGGUCACCUCGGCGCCCGGCAACACGACGCCGCUGCUCGCCAUCAACAUGGGCGAGGCGGGACAGCUGAGCCGCAUCCUCAACCCGGUCCUCUCGCCCAUCACGCACGACCUGAUGCCGUCCAAGGCGGCUCCGGGCCAGCUGACCUUCCGCCAGGUCCAGGCCGCGCUCCACCUGAUGGGGCAGCUGCCUGCACGCAGAUUUGCGCUGUUUGGCACGCCGAUCGCCCACAGUCUGAGCCCCACGCUGCAGGGCAAGGGAUUCGAGGUACUCGGCCUGCCCUACACCUACGAGCGCUUCGAGACGGCCGAGUUGUCGGCCGAGGUGGAGCGCUUCCUGCGCUCGGCCGACUUUGGCGGCGCCAGCGUCACGAUCCCGCACAAGGUGGGCAUCAUGAAGCUGCUCGACGAGGUCAGCGACGACGCCAAGGCCAUCGGCGCCGUUAACACCAUUGUGCCCGUGCGCGGCGCCAACGGCGAGCUCGUGGCGCUGCGAGGCGACAACACCGACUGGAUCGCGAUCCGCAACCUCGCCUCGCGCUCGCUGUCGGCCCAGCAGCUGGCCUCGACGUCGCUGAAGGCCCUCGUCAUCGGUGCUGGCGGCUCUGCGCGCGCCGCGCUGUUCGCCAUGCAUCAGCUGGGCGCUAGGUCGAUCCUGCUCUUUAACCGCACGCUGGCCAACGCCCAGAAGCUGCAGAGCGAGGUGCCCGAGGAGUGGGGCGUCGAAGUGGUCGAGACGCUCGACGCGCUGCCCUCGCAGCCGGACGUGAUCGUCUCCAACGUCCCGGCCGAGGGCACGACGCUCGACGCCGUCCAGAGCGAGGGCAUCGUCCUGCCGCACACGCUGCUGGCCAACGCCCAGGGCGGCGUCGUGAUCGACAUGUCGUACAAGCCGCACCACACGCCGCUGCUCGAGCUGGCGAGGCAGGUCAACUACGCGCGCAAGGCGGGCAUCGUCAACGGCGUCGAAGCGAACGAGGGCAAAGAAUGGAAGGCCAUCCCGGGCUUGACGAUCCUGCUCGAGCAGGGGUGCCACCAGUUCCAGCGCUGGACCGGCCGCAACCCGCCCCGGUCCGAGAUGGAGGAGGCGGCGUGGAAGGAGUACCUCGCCGCGUGA